ACUGAAUGUAAAUCUGUUGUUUAAUUAAUUGUAGUAGUAGUACAACUAUUUCUAUGCAAAGUGCGCAUACAUGCACAUGCCUGUAUUGUUUACUUACUCCAUCUCCACUAUAAUUUACCUGUGAUACUCACUAGUAUAUGAUCUUUUUUUUGUUUACAUAUACGUUAAUAUAUUACAUAUACUAAUUAUAUUAUAUCUAUUGUGUAUACACUACUUCAUCAAACUAUCUAUUAAUGGUUGCUAUAACAGCCCUAUUGGCUAAAUAUCUACAAGUAAGUAAUAUCCGAUCAUACUUAAUUAAAUAUCUUCGAUUAUUUGGUAUAACAGUUCCAAUAACUGUACUUCGAAAUGUAUUAUUUGGUCUGACAUUCUUUAUUACUUAUGUAUUUAUUUUAUUACCAUUAUCAACAUUAACAUAUGUUAAAUUUUAUAAUACUUUAAUUCCAAAUACUGGUCCAAGUAUCCCAAUUCAUUAUCAAUCAUUUAAUUCUAAUAAUAACCAUUCAUUGAUUGGAUUUAAUAGUGAUUGGAUAAUUUUACAGGAGAAUUUACCCCGUAAAUUCAAAUUUGAUCCAUUAUUACAAUAUCAAAUUAAUGUAAAAUUUGAUGUUCUUUGUGAUUCAACUAAAAGGGGAGAUGUUUAUAAGAAUUCUUAUUCAAUUAUAUCAGAAAAUGAUAAAGUAUUAGUAUCUCAUGAAUUUUAUAUUGAUUGUGAUGCUCGAUAUAUUUAUAAUAAUAAUAAUUGGUUAAUUCCAUAUAAUUUAAGAUUUUGGUCUCCACCACCAUUAGUUAAUAUUAAAAGAAGUAUAGGAUUUAAUCUUGCUCAUUUAAGAUUAACUGGGAAUCAAUUACCUAAAGAAUUUAAAAAUUUUACUAUAGUUUUAGAAAAUCCUUUUAUAGUUAUACAAGAUACUUCAAAAUUAGAAUUUGAAAUUAUUUAUACUGGAUUUAGAUAUUACUUAGUAAAACAUUAUUAUAAAUGUUUUGUGGUUGGAGUAGUAUUCUUUUGGUAUAUAUCAUGUGUUUCUAGUUUUAUAACAUCAGUAUAUCUUCUGUCUCAGCAGAAACAACAACAAACACAACAGAAACAACAACAAACACAACAGAAACAGAAACAGAAACAGAAACAGAAACAAGAAGAUGAUGAUACAGGAGAAACAGAGACUGAGAGUGAAGAUCAUGAACUGGUUUCAGGAUUUUCAUCAUCUACAUAGUAUAUUAAUGUAUCCAUAUAUUAAAUAAAUAACUAAUUAAUAUCAAUAAGGAGAAAUAAAUAAAUAAAUAAAUAAAUAAUAGUAUUAACUGGCAUUCAAUAAUUUCAAUUCAUUAGAACUAUCAACUGAUAAGAAUGG